AUGUCUCCAUCGUCUCGCAGUUCUCCCGUGAUCAUCAUCACAGGAACGCCUGGUACCGGCAAAUCGACUCAUGCCCAACUACUCGCGGAAGAAUCUCCCGUACCACUACGGCACGUCAAUGUUGGGGAGCUCGUGAAGGAUAAGGAUUUGCAUGAAGGUUAUGACGAGGAAUGGCAGAGCUACACCGUCGACGAGGACAAGCUUUUGGACGAGCUGGAACCACUGGCGUCGGAGGGCGGUAUAAUCCUCGACUGGCAUACAUGUGAUAUAUUUCCAGAACGAUGGGCGGAUCUCGUUGUGGUACUUAGAUGUGAUCACACCAAACUAUGGGAGCGGUUAGAAAAACGGGGAUAUCCCUUGAAAAAGAUCCAGGAGAAUAACGAAGCAGAGAUCAUGGACAUAGUUAUCGAGGAAGCGCGAUCCUCGUAUGCCCAAGAAAUCAUCGUAGAAUUGAGAAGUGAAGGGACAGAAGACCUGGAAUCAAACGUCUCGAGAAUUGUACAAUGGAUCCAGGCAUGGAGAAAAGAUAGAGGGGCCACAGAGACAGAUUGA